AUGAUAAACCAAAAAUAAGACGAAAAGAUAUAGAAAAAUAUAUGGCUGAUAAUUUGGCGGCGAUUGAAGAGACUUUUUAUAACCAGCCUGAUAACACUAAUGCUGAAUAUUAUAAGAAUUUUUUAACUUUGGAUGGUAGUAAGGCUAUUAGGGAUUUAGUUAAGAGAGAAAAGUUUAAAAAUGUGAUAGACAACAAUUAUCUUUUGCCUGAGUAUAUGGCUGGCAAUGGAGUUGAUGCUACUAG